AUGGGUGAUAAGGGAGAGAUUAAAGAGACAUCGGAAUUAACAAACGUGCCUAUAAGAACUGUUUGUAGAAUAGUGUCAGCAGGAUCUAAUCAUCUUCCACGUAAACGGACCAAGAUAAGUUUUAAAAGAAUUGAUAAUUUUACAGAGGAACAUGUGAGGAGGACUAUUUACAAUUUUUACCUCAACAAUGAGAUUCCAACGUUACGUGAGAUUUAUCAAUCAUUGAUGAGAAGUGAAACUGGUUUUGAAUAUUCAGAAACUACACUCUGGAGACUAUUAAAAAAACUUGGAUUCAAGUAUGGAAAAUUAGAUGAAAGAAGAACUGUAAUGGAAAGUCCCCGACUUUUAUUACUAAGGGAAAAAUUUAUUAAUAAAAUACGUUUACGAAGGUCGGCAGGAAAAAAUAUAAUAUAUUUAGAUGAAACAUGGUUUGACACUCACGAUACUCUAAAAAAAGUGUACACAGACAAUUCACCAAGUUGUACAACUAAAGCUCCAUGUUCUAGGGGUAAACGUUUAAUAAUAUUACACGCAGGCGGUGAACAGGGCUGGAUACCAGGGGCUUUACUGAUCUCUAGCAAACAUUUGAAAAGCUCUAGUGCAGACUACCAUGAAGAUAUGGAUUCUGGAUUAUUCGAGAAAUGGUUCACUGAUCAGCUUUUGCCUAAUAUUCCCAGUAGCAGUGUGAUUGUUAUGGAUAACGCAUCAUACCACAGCCGACAAAUAGAAAAAAUUCCCAGCACAAACACUAGGAAAAGUGACUUUUUAAGAAGUCAUAACAUUUCUGUGCCAGAGAAAUCAACAAUUAAAAGUUUGUUGGAAGUAGUCAAAAACAAUUAUUUUGAAAAAAAAAUAUGUGGUCGAUGA